AUGGGUCGGCAUCUCCUCGCCUCGAUGGUGGUUCGAGCAUGUCAAAAGCAUCCGGACAUCUACAGCAGUUACUCUCCCCCCGCCAUCCUCACCACCACCCCUCCUCCAACACGCCCAAGGCCCUCACGCAACGCCCGCCAGAUCCCUUUCGAGCUGGCCGGCCACCCUGAGCCACCGAUGCCAGACUCAGCCAUUGCCGCAACAUAUCGGGGUCACGUUGCCUCUACCCAGGACGCCUUGAUCAUCGUCGAAGCUUGCCUCCGGGGCGUACUCUACCAUACCUGCCGCAGGCCGCGGGCAUCUGAGGAGUCUUCACUUGCAAAGAGCGGAAACAUCUUCGUGUACGAGAGCCGGUCUUCGGGGAUCAGGACUUGGGAGGACGGGAUAACUUGGUCCACGCCGCAGAGGGUUGGGAACUUUGAGCUUUGCCGACAGCUGUCGGCCACCUCAGGCCGCAGCAGGUCGAACGGGAAUCACAGUAGUGCCGGGAGAUUGUGCAGGAAAACCAUCAGCGUGACCGUGCAAGGCUUCACACACCACCUUGUCGCGUACUUCAGCACCCGAGACUUCACAUCCAACAUCCUUUUGUCGCCGUCCGCAGACCUCGGGCUAGCGGACAUCAUCCCGCGUGCAGAGCUGUACAGCCAGGGUUUCCACGCCCCCAUUGAUGAAGAUGACCGCGACGAGGUGAUGCUCGCCCUGAGCACGACUGGAAUGGCCACCAUCAUCGCCACCACCGCCACCACUACCACCAUCCGCCUUCAACACCACCUCCGCCACAACAACUCGGAAUGA